CUUCACUAAGUAUUUUGUCUCGCUCUCUGGUAAUACAUGGAGUUUGCGAGACAUGUGGAGGAAUGAGGUCAUAGCUAUAAACUCAACGCAGGAGGUUGGCCUACCACUUGGGAGAAGAGAAUGGCGUACCGUGACUAACUUUACGGUCUGCGGAAAGACAUCAGGGAGCUUGCACGAGUUAUCCUUCUCAGCGUGUGGUAAUAAAGAAUACACAUGCAAUGACGGAAAUUGUAUCGAUCUCACUCGGCGUUGUGACCGCCGGGUAGACUGCCUUGACAAAUCCGAUGAGAGAGACUGUGAAAAACUGGAGCUUCCAGGAGAUUAUAUGGACUCACUGCCACCACCCUCCCCAAGUCCUGGGCCUCUGAACCUCAACAUUUCAGCGAGGCUUCAUGGUUUGAGCAAGGUUGACGUGAUGGAUAUGCGGCUUCAUGUUGAUAUUACGAUGGUUAUCUCUUGGUUUGACUUGAGACUGCAGUAUAAAAACUUAAAGCCGCAUGCAGAUCUCAAUCACAUUACGGUGUCGUCAGUAUGGCUUCCCACAGUUGAGUUCAUCAAUGCUGACUUUGCCAGCGUCCACAAAACAGAGCCUACGCUUAUUGUAGAAAAGCUUUCUCCGCCUAAGAAAGAUGAGACGAAACGACCAAGCAGAGAUGAAAUUUACGUGGGAAGCAGCAACCCCCUGAGAUUGAGACAAAGGGCAAGUGGUCCUUUCCUAUGUAUGAUGAAUCUGAGGAACUUCCCAUUCGACUUGCAGCGGUGUCAUUUACAACUCCGUCUCGACUCUGGCAGGGACGAAUUUGUUCAAUGGGGCAACGUCACUGGAAUCUAUUUGGGCGAGGAGUUGCUGACGGAAUAUGAGAUAGGGGGCCUUACGGUGGACCGACAGGUGAUAGAAGGCUACAGUGUGGCGAUAAUCAGCUUUACGAUGAACCGACGUUCCAGCUUCUACAUAACCUCUGCGUACUUGCCUACAACAAUGUUACUGCUCAUCAGCUACUCCUCUCUCUACUGCCCUAGAGAUAAUAGAGACCUUCGCGUGUUGAUGGCUCUCACCACACUCCUGGUACUCUACUCCCUCUACCAACAAAUUUCCGACAACCUCCCUAAGACAUCCUACAUUAAAGCUAUUGACAUCUGGUUUUUCUUCUGCAUCACAUUCAUAUUUUCACAGGUUGUUCUCCAUGUGGCCAUCGACGUCAAGCUGCGGUGUUUGUGUCACGUAGUAGCGAAGAAGAAAAAUGGUACCUGCUCGGCCUUACGUUCCCUACAUUUUGCUCGGAAUUUAUACGCUGUCAUUUUUUUCUUGUUUUGCAUAUUUUAUUGGAGCUUCAUAUUAACUAAAUAGCAAAAAAGUGAUAUGAUAGGCUAGUAAAAAUUAUUUUUAUAUUUUAUUUUUUUAAGUCAGUUGCAUGUAAAACAUCCUCUUUCUAGAACUAUUAUCUUAUUUUUCUGUAGUAGGUAAUGCUAAUAAGUAUUACUUCAUGAAUCUGAUCGCGACUAUAAUACUGUAUAGUUUGGGUAAAAGUAGUAUUUGAGAGAACAAUACAAAAUCUAAUUAGUUAUUUAUGAAGCUUUUUCCUUUUUUUUUUAUUUAUACAUUUAUGUAUUAGUUAAUUCAUUUAUUUAUUCAUUCGUUUGUCAUAAAGCUGCAAGAACCUGUAAGUAUGUUUAGUAUAGGGACUGCCAUGUGUAGGCAGUCCCUGUACAAAACAUACCUACUUACUUCAUUCAUCAUCGUCAUUCAUUAUCAAUUCAGUGCUUGAAAAUAAACUGCCAAUAACAUAGCAAGAUAGCUAUCAGCGAACUUUAGUUUUGUGAAUUUCUCUAUCAUUGAUUUGUACUAUAUUACCAGUUAUUGAAGAUAACAAAUGAUUUGUUAGUAAAUUAGUAAUGUUGCUAUCUAUAUGUAUUAUGCUAACAAAACACUCUACCCAUAAAUAUGGACAUUAAUUUACUGAAACAUGUAGGAGUUCGGUUCUCUAUAGAAAUAUAGAAAUGAGCUUUCAAAUCGUAACAAGCAGUAAAAAUGUAUUACAAAUCAAUCUAACAUAGAUGAUUAGUUAAAUUGGAUCUACAUAAGAA